AUGCACGCACGCACCUUGAGAAGCUGUAGUAGUGGUAUUCGCAAGGUCAGAGGACCAUGUUCGGUCUCACCCGCCCUGCGCUCAUUGCCCAUUGGUUCUGUGGACACAAGUUCCGCCACCGCUUUAUGCGUGACAAGCGUUUCCACCCUUCACUGCAGGCUUCCCACGACGCGAGAAACCGCUUCAGCAAGCGCAGACACUUCAAGACGAAUAGGUGGAACUACCAGCAGGCGUACCGCGACAUGCCGUGAGUGCCAGGGGAUGAGUGAAGGGGGGCAAAAACGACUGAAAAAAUCUUUCACGGGAGCGAAAGAGAAAUAUGUUUUGUGA